GAUAGUAUCGUUUACAUACUACUUAAAUCAUGUUCUUUAUUUGCACACCAAAUUUAUUUAACUGCGACCAAAAUAAUUUUGUCAUCAGAAGAACGUGUCACAUUGCAUCCGAAAUCACAUGUGCAUAAUUAACUUCCAGCUCGACCGAAAGCAAUAAAAUAGCGAACUUUCAGGUCUUUCGGGGGAAUAAUUAAAACAAAGUGUAAAGUAAACACUUAUACUGGUUUGUGGUUACGGCUUUGAGGUCAUAUUCGCUACGAGAUUGGACCCUAUUGGAUAGUUUUUUUUCUGUGCUGCUCCGUUUUAACUGUUAGUAGUUGGCAAUAUGAAUCAUACGACUGUGUCUCCAAUGGAUGGAUCCGGAGGGGAUACUGGUGAAACCAAUUCCCUCUUUCUAUGGGUGUCUGCCGGCGCUGCAUUUGUAAUCCUGGACCUAGCCGUACUUCUUGGCUGCUUUUACUGCAAGCUCCGACGAAUAGAGCAACUAUCCUACAGACAAGCAAGACGCGGUAUAUCACAAAACGCUGUUCCACCUCCUACAUCAUGCCACACAUAUGAGUCGGCUAGCAAAGAUCGUAAACGCAGCUCAAGUCAACAUUACGAUGAAAUAUCUACGCGAAGGUCAGAGAAGGUAACUGCUUCAAGCUCAACGUCAAUGGUGGUGAGCAAUCCUGCUUAUGAAAACUGUGCACUCGAUCUUCCACCUCCUCUUCGCACGAACAAUGGAAAGAGUCCGUCUCCGACGAAAAAGUCAAAGAUUGAAACUAGCAAGCAUAGCCAUAGUGCAGACCCCAAAGAACGUUGCGUGUAUGACAAUUUAGCGAUAAAAAGGAAUUCGAUGUUGGCGCUACUUACGUUGGAGAUCACGAAUGAAUUCGGCCGCAGAACCAAAAGGAAAUCAAAGAAGAAGCUCCUGAAAGAUUAGAAAUCAAACACGUCGUACUGGGUAUACCAGUUCCGGUUCAUAAUUGGAGCAACACAUUGCCGGUACCCGAUACCUUAUAAACGCAUGGGUAUAUUGAACAUGUUCUAUAAUACGAUGGUGAAAGACAUUAACGAAAUUGUAGUCAUAAUGACGGUUGAUCAAAUCAGUUUACCCACUUAAAUUGUUAAUGUUUACCUUUUAUAUCAAUAACUGAGGAACAAUAUGAAAAUAAUGCACUUGAAUGCGUAUUCCAGACUAAAAUAUCUCAAUAUUUACUUAGGGAUGACAUCAAGCCCAAAUUAACCCAUUAAUACCAUGUAUUGCUCGUGUUUUUUGGAAACCCAGCCUACGUUCUCUGUUGCACUUCCAAAGUGCACCCCCUCUAACACGAACUCCUACCCCCCCUCCCUGUUACCCUGAUCAAAUUAAAAUACCAUAUUUCAUUGUACAUUUUCCCAUUCUAAAAGCUGUGGUUAUGAAUCAUUUGAAUCAUUCUCUUCAUAUGAAAUGCAAUAGAUUGUCAGAUAUUUGACGAUUUUUACGCAGUUAUAAAGCGGAGAAUCGUCGUUAUAAGUUUAACACAUCACUUCGAAUUUCUAAGCGAAAAUGAAAAAAAAAAAAAAAAACAGAAGUGUUUAUAGUGUUAACUUGAACAUUAGUAAAUGAAUUGUUGAGAUAUUUUAUAAGAAUGUGAAAGGAAGGAAGAAAUAACACCCCUUUAAUUUAUAUCAACGAUAAGAGUCAUAAAUUGUACAUGAUUAGUGAAAAAUUAGUGUCACUUUG